AUGGUUCCGAUAAUCAAGCCACUAGCUUUAGGAAAAAUGAACUCAAUAGACCCACACAUUACGGGAUUGGUUGCAAAUAUCAGCACCUUGAAGAAAGAAGCUUUUCGGUCUAUUUUUCCAUAUCAAGUUGGUCCCAAUACUAUACCUGUUUGGAAGACAUUAAAAGAGAAACAAAUCAUUAAAUUAACCUUAGCUAGCAUAAAAUCACAUAGUCCUUUCUCUUCUUCUCUUCUUCGUGAGUUUUCUAAAAGUUAUGCAAAUGCAGGUUUGAGUUUUGGUUAUGGAAUUUUGCGAGGAGAAGAGGCAUUUGUUGAAGAUUCAUCACGCAAAGAAGAGAAACUCUUCUUAACUACACAAAUGGGCUGCAAUUUGAUUUUGGAAGAUGGUGGGCUAAAGGUUACACGUACAUGUUGUGGUUACACGUAG